AUGGACGAGGAAACAAGCACGAAGGGAAAGGAGCGACAAAGGAAGGCAUUGCAGAGCUUUGAGAAAGAAUUCGGACGGGAUGUGCGACAGCAAAGAACGAGAGGGAAGACCAACGGAAGAGCUGGUACACUUCCACUUGCUCUGAGUACGUUCAGAAGGAAUGCGUCGGCACAUGGAGAAGUCGAUCUGCUGAAAGAGGUUCAAGGGAGUGAAGGACAAACUACAGUUCAAGACGCAGCCGAAGAAUGUGAGAUUAUCUGUUCAAAAGGCGACGCAGUUGCUCUCAAGCACAAUUACAAGAGGUAUAUCAUCCUGUCUUCCUUGCAAUUCUUUUAAAAGAUCUCCACCAUAA